UUUUCUACCAGUUCACUCUUAAAAGUGCAGCAGGUCCUGGUCUGGUCUGUACUGUAGUAUUUGAGCCUGUGUUGAUAGUCCCAGCAGCCUGACUCGCUCCUGAGCUACACAUUAUCCGACAUGAGGCUGGGACUCGCCGCUCUCCUCUGCUUCUUCAGCUUCGUGUGGCUGUCGGAGUGUGCGCCUCCGACCUGCUACUCCAGAGCUCUCGGCCUGAGCAAGGAAGUUAUGACUCUGCUGGAUAGAAUACACACCUACCAUCGUACGAAAACCUGCGCCGAGAUUCUGCCCACGAUCUUCCUCGACGUGCACAAUUCCUGCAUCACAGCUAAACUCCGGGACUUUCUCUACGUGGUGCUGAACCAUCCGAACCAGUACUGCAGAGAACGUCCGAGAAUGGUGUCGCUGAAACGUAAAAUCCAGAACUUAUACACCAUUAUCACCAGGAUCUGUUACAGAGACUUGGUGUUUUUCACAGAUGACUGUGAGGCAAUCGACACUGGACACAGCAGCCCCUACUACGCAGAGGACAGACUCCAGCUGCUGCAGGAGGAGAGAUGAGCAGCUGACAGCCAUACAUUCAUAAAAACACAUUAGCAUUAUGUAGAAUAGUAAAUCAAGUGCAACCCACACCACAGUAUGCACAGUGAUGGAUGCAUUAUUAGCAAAACAGUGCGGUUGAUCGCUGAACCUAGUUGGCUCAGUUGUAGCUGCACACUCAUGUUAGCAGACAUGUGUGGCUACAUUCCAGCAAGGAGUGCAGAACUUUCCACAGGAAAUUUGCUGAAUGCCAACCAUGCCGAUGAAAACCCUGAAAUAAUAAACCAAUAAGAGAUUCUUGUGAGUCGGGCUUAACUGCUGCUUACUUAGCAGGGUUGAUCAAAGCUCAGAGUGUCAUUAAGAGAAAUAUUUUGUGUUGCCAUAACCCUUGCUUUGACCAACAUGUCUUAAAGGAGCAUUAUGCAGCAUUUUGCAAACACUGAAAGGGUUGAACAUGGUGAUUCAAAACGUUACAUAAGAACUACUUGUCCCCAGUACAUGCUCAUGUACUGUGUUCAGUUACAAUAUUUUCUCAUAUUUUUUGUCUCUUAAUAUUAAAGGAGUUGUGACAAUAGUGCUGCCUAUGUAAGAUCUGAACAUGGACAUAAAGAACUGACCUGUUUUUAUGUGUACAUCUAGGCAAUUAGUAUUGCAAUUUAUGUAUGCCUCUCUAUAUGUAAUAAACCUCUCAUUAUGUAUCGA